CUUGUAUUUAAAAAUACCAAUCAUUACGAUCAUUGAAGUAUUUCGAAACUGAGACAGGUAUUUAAAAAAGGAGAAACGUCAAUUAUUGAUCAUUAUUGGUACACAAAGUUGAAACGAAGGUCUAGCCGGAUAAAUUGACCAUAAAAUUAAAAACAUGGGAUACGAUGAAGAAGCAGUCGCUCGCAGAAGACAAGGGUUAAAGGUCCAAAAAAUAAUUUCUUUUAUCGUGUGUGUUAUUUCUCCGAUCGUAACUAUUUUGGGAAUAGCCAUUCUAGCGACCCAGGAUGGUGCAAAAUACCCUAUUAUUGGUGGUUCACCUAUAUAUGUCGGAGUUUAUGGAUUUAUUUUAGGAUUAAUAGGAAUUAUUGCUAACUUUAAGGCCACUGAAUCUAUAACAACAGGGGAGGAGUCAGCUAAAGAAAGAAACCUGUGGAAUGCUUUAUUUGGUUUGACGUGUGCUUCGUUUGGAUUACUUGGAUACCCUUCAAGUGAAAUCAUACGAGGAGCUGUUACUUGCGGUGAGAAGAAGGAGCAAUGUGGAUAUUCACAUCACGAUACUCUGAUGGCGAUGUUUAUUGUGGCUGCUGUUUUGGUGAUGGUCAUUGAUUGUUGUAACGCCGUUCUGUUAUGUAAUUGGCGCAAAUUUCGUGGAAGAACAGGAAAUGGUCCAUGUGUAACAGAUAACACUUCUCCUUCAAAAUAUACAUAAAUAAAUAUAAUUUGUAUUUAAUAUGUCUGGAGCAAGUAAAAGCGUCCGUUUUAUUCUCGUCACAUACACCUAGAGCAAAGAAAUACACCACUUAUGUCUAUUAGAUUUCUGUUAUACUGUGAAUUGUCUAUAAGCUUUCAUUUUAUGAGUGAAAUUUAAUUAUGCGUUGUUACACGUUGUUACAUACGUAAGAGUUGUCUUCUCUUGUGACAUAUACGUAAUAGUUCUCUCGAUAUUCCUAGAAAAUGUAUAUUAUACUAUAAUUAAAACAUAAAUGUUUCCUACCUAUAGACAAAGCACUACCUCAGCUGUCGUGAAGGACAAUCAAUCUAAGUAUGUGUUGUUAUCUUACUGUGUAGAGACUGAUGUGGAUCAUUUUAAACAAUAUGAAUAUGUAAAUAUAGUUCUGUUGGUACUCGUGAAAUGAAAUGUGAAACGGGAUAUAAACAUUUAAAUAUAUAUUUUUAUAAAAUGUAAAGAUAUAUUGACCAUUAUCAUCUGAGUAUAGAUUUAAAUGAAUAAAAAAUAUUUCAAAUAUAAA